CCAUCCAAAAGCAAGAGCGGCGCCGCGACAACCACCAACCGCGCCAGCACAACGUGCUCGCCGCCAACUAACCUCCGCGCGCACGCCGCCGUUCGCGCGCGCGGCCGGCGGCAAAUCCAAACCCCGCAUCGUGUCCGCGCGCGUCCGUGUUGAAAUGUGCUGAGGACGGACAGCAUGUCGCGCAGGAAGCAGGCGAAUCCGGCGAAACUAGGUGAAGCCGAUGGUGUCCCAAUGGUUCCCAUUGGAUCGGAUGGUAAAGAGCAGACAAGUGAAGAAUUUUCUACGAUUGAUGUGAAGGAAGAAAAUGUGGAUGAUGAAAAUGACAGCAAAGGGCAAAUACCUAAUGGACGUGAAGAUGACGAUGAAGAGGAGGAAAACGACGACGAUGACCUCGACACUGACGAUGACGACGAUGGCAGUCUGCUUAAUGGCCAAGGAAGUUCACCACUAAGUAGUUCCGAUCAAGCAUCACCAGCGUCAUCAUGUCAGAGUUCAUUGAGUGACGCUGCUGAUACCGCCGAAGAGGGUGGGUACACCCUUGGUGCGACACCUACCACUCCAUACGAGUGCGACGUGUGUAAACGUGCCUUUGCACGCUCCUCACAACUCAGCAAACAUAUACAGACCCACACCGAGCAGUUGCAAUUCAGUUGUCCCUACUGUCGGCGAUUGUUCAAGCACAAGAGAUCACGUGAUCGCCACACCAAGUUACACACCGGUGAUAAAAAGUAUAAGUGUUUACAUUGCGAGUCGGCAUUUGCAAGAAGUGAUCAUUUGAAGAUCCAUAUGAAAACGCAUGACAAUAAAAAACCGCAUCAAUGUGAUUUAUGCAAUCGUGGAUAUAAUACUGCGGCGGCGCUGGCGUCGCAUCAACAGCAUCACUCGAAACAGGAAACGCGUCGGUGUGGUAGCAGUAAUAGUCGUAGUAGUAUUUCCGGAAGUUCCCCGAGUCCCGUAACGCUUCUACGUUGUCCCAACUGUAGCGAAUCUUUUGAUAAGACCGAAACUCUGCAAACUCAUCAACAAACCUGUCGAAAAUCUUUAGAAUCAUCCGAAACACCUCCAGUGACCAACGCAGCGUUGAAUUUACCUAAAAUUGCGUGCAUGUAUUGCGGAAAAGAUUUCCUUAGCAUGGCUCACAUGUAUUCUCAUAUUCACGCUGAACAUCGCGCGAUUUAUAUGAAUAACUCUGCUACGCCACAGCCAGCGCCAUUAGAUCUCCACUCACCAAGUGAUACAAACGUUGAAGAUUUGUCGCCGAAGACACGUCCUAGUUCCACACCUACGUAUGCGUGUGAUCGUUGCACGAUGAGGUUUGAUUCCUCGCCACUUUUGCAAGAACACGUGGAUAGCGUGCAUUGGACACGUUAUAAAUACGAAUACGAUCAGAAACCUACGGAUUUAAGCCGGAAGCGACGUCAUGAGGAUGAUUGCGCCAAGUCAGAUAAACGUCUGGCGUCUGAAGCGGCUAAACAAGAUGGCGCUUCACCGUAUGAGGCUAAUGAUAAGCCUUGUAUUUGUAGUUAUUGCUACGCGCAGAUGCCUAAUUUUAAAAUGUUUCUAUUACAUAUGGAGACGCAUGUGAUUAACAGUGUAGCACCUGUUUUACCACAGAAAGCACCAACGUGUCCAUUAUGCGGAGAAUCCGCGAAGAAUGCCCUUGAGUUAGGACGGCAUAUUUUUGGACAUGCGAUAGCUAAUGUAGCGGCGUAUUGUUGUCAUGCGUGUAAGAAACCAUUUGAUAAGGUGGAGCAUUUGAGGAAGCAUCUGAUGGAAGCGCAUGCGCAGACAAUAUAUAAAUGUACCAUUUGCAAUGAGACUUUUGAUAAUGAUCAAAGCUUGCAGGUACAUUUUGGUAACAAACACGCAGUUGAAUGCAAACACUUCCGGUGUAAUUUAUGCACUGAGCAGGUAUUCCACGAUCGUUUAACAGCCGAAUUACAUGUGAAUAUGAAACAUUCACUUGCAUCUCCACAUCAUCCCGCAGCUACUGUAGCAGGCACCCCAGGAAACCCUGCGUUUUUAAAUUUUCUUCCCGAUUUGGACCAUCAUGAACGCAGCGCUCCAUAUUACCAAUGCCCGUUUUGUCAAAAACUAUUCAAGGACGAGUACCUACAAUAUGUGCAUAUUCUCCGUGAACACAAUCAUCGCCUUGCUGGUGGGAUUCAACCAGAGUCUAAACAACAGAAACAUUCGUUAGACUCUGCAAGAUUUCGAUGUAAUGUCUGUCAAAAAAGUACUGCAUCUGAAGCAGAUCUAGCCACGCAUAAAAAACUACACCAUGCAAAACUGCGCACUGUAAGUUUACAAUGUGCGUACUGUAAUGAACACUGUAAAUCAAGGUCUGACCUGGAACACCAUAUGAAGACACACCAGGUGGCUGCGUCUGGAAAAGGCAAACAUAAAUGUAACAUUUGUGAUGAGAUUUUCGCCAGUGCAACAACACUAGCUGAACAUAAAUUAUCACAUUGUAAAAUAGUAGCUGGGAAUAAUUGCACCCAAUGCAAAACACUUCUCACUGAUGAGAUGUGUUUCUAUAACCAUCAACUACAACAUGGUACAUCAUCCUCCGGUGGAAAUUCAACUAAGAAUAUGUUGUCACUACCUGCUAAUUGUAUAGUGUGUUGUCAAACACUACAAACAGACGUGGAGAUAAAACUUCACGCGAGUUUUCAUCUCAGGCAUUUACGUCAACAACCACAGACACAACAUCAGAAGGAAUACCUCUGUGCUGUUUGUAAUAAACUAUGUGAUGCUUCGAAUUUACAUAAUAUGCAUUCGGUGUAUGUGUGUAAGGAUUGCGCAGCAAUGGCGCCACUUGCAAAUGGCAACGGUAAUAAAUCACCGUUGAAAUCGCCUCCCUCCAAAUCACCUUCGAAGACCAGCUCACCCCAAAUUAACAAAGAGAAACAUUUAUUUGCUUGCCUGAAAUGUCCACGAACAUUCACCAGUGAAGAAGAGACUCAGAAUCAUGCAAGUAGUCACUUACAGGAUGAAUCAACAAGUUCAUUGGAAUGUCAUCUGUGUAGGAAUGUGUUACCUUCAGCGCUCAAACUGCAGGUACACCUUAUCGAACACAACUUUAUGGGAAUAGGGCAGUACCGUUGUUAUGUUUGUUCAUCAGUAUUCACAACCGCGACUGGAUUACGGGGACAUAUUGUAGAACAUGGUCCUGAUCAUCGUCCCUAUGAAUGCUCAGAAUGUACAACCAAGUUUUACUUUGAGACAGAAUUGGAAAAUCAUAAAUUUAUGCAUUUGCAACAAGCGAAGAUUACUUAUGAGAAGUACAUUGAGUGUUCAAGGUGUGCCACUUCAAUACCAGAAGUCACUUAUUACUCCGAACAUGUGCAUACUUGUACUGCGAGUAACGGAAGUAAUCACACAUCGAUUGUAAAUAUUAAAGUGGAAAACAAUGUGGAGUAUGAGAUUCGCAGCGAUAUUAAAACUGAAGCCGGUAGCGAAUGUAACACGCCAUUGGUUUAAGAUUUUAAAUUUAUAUUUAAACAUUUUUUAGUUUUUUUCUACGAGAGAGCAAACAGAGUAAUAUGUACUUAAAUUAACGUAGGUAGAAUUUGUGAUACUGCAUCUAUUAGUUGGCUGCGAUAUGGUAUGAAUAUGAUGAUAUUCGCACGUCAUUUGCAAACAUAACUUCAAUUCUGUAAAUAUCACCGUGCAUACAUAAUUGCGUCAGGGCGACAAUGUUAGUUCCUCUUGAUAAUAUUUGAUGAUGACGCACAUUACAUUAUUUUUUACAGCGCAUUGGGGAGACUGAUGCGUUCACGUUAGUUCUGUAUGCAUUCGCGCGUUGAUUUUUUUGCAUUGUUUGUACAAAUUGUUUUCAUGUUGAGAUAUUGUUGAACGCGAAUUAUUGAAUAUCGUAUACAUACAGCAACCGUCCACAUCCCAAGGUCCAUACACGUCCAAUCUUCAUUUUUGUCACAUACAUAUUGUGUUAUUUAUUUCGAUAUGUCAAUAAAUCUUUGAACAAA